GGAGGAGCAGGCGACUCCGGCCGAAAUAUCGUGAGAGCUGAAGCUCUCACGAUAUUUCCGAAGCCGAAACUCCACGAGGAUUCGAUCGCUUAAACCCGGGCCGGCUGGGAGGGCGGAGACGGUGCGGGAGGGAGAAACCCCUUGGCCAGCUGUUCUGAAGCCUGCGAGGGAGGGUGGUAUCUACUCCCCAAAUCCAGUUUCCCGAUGCCCAGCGUCAACGCCAGCCGCAAGGGUCAGGAGAAGCCGCGGGAGAUCGUGGACGCGGCGGAAGAUUAUGCUAAAGAGAGAUAUGGGAUAUCUUCUAUCAUACAAUCACAAGAAAAACCAGAUCGAAUUUUGGUUCGAGUUAGAGACUUGACAGUACAAAAUGCUGAUAAUGUUGUUUGGGUCCGUGCAAGAGUUCAUACAAGCAGAGCAAAAGGGAAGCAGUGCUUCCUAGUCCUGCGACAGCAGCAGUUUAAUGUCCAGGCUCUUGUGGCAGUGGGAGACCACGCAAGCAAGCAGAUGGUUAAAUUUGCUGCCAACAUCAACAAAGAAAGCAUCGUUGAUGUAGAAGGCAUUGUGAGAAAAGUAAAUCAGAAAAUUGGAAGUUGUACACAGCAAGAUGUUGAAUUACAUGUUCAAAAGAUUUAUGUGAUCAGUUUGGCUGAACCUCGCCUGCCCCUGCAGCUGGAUGAUGCCAUUCGGCCUGAGGUAGAAGAGGAAGGAAGAGCUACUGUUAACCAAGAUACAAGAUUAGACAACAGAGUCAUUGAUCUUAGGACAUCAACCAGUCAGGCCAUCUUCCUUCUCCAGUCUGGUAUCUGCCAUCUCUUCCGAGAAACUUUAAUUAACAAAGGCUUUGUGGAAAUUCAAACUCCUAAAAUUAUUUCAGCUGCCAGUGAAGGAGGAGCCAAUGUUUUUACUGUGUCAUAUUUCAAAAAUAAUGCCUACCUAGCUCAGUCCCCACAGCUGUAUAAGCAGAUGUGCAUCUGUGCUGAUUUUGAGAAGGUUUUCUGUAUUGGACCAGUUUUCAGAGCUGAAGACUCCAAUACCCACAGACAUCUGACUGAAUUCGUUGGUUUGGAUAUUGAAAUGGCUUUUAAUUAUCACUAUCAUGAAGUUGUAGAAGAAAUUGCCAACACCUUGGUGCAAAUAUUCAAAGGGCUUCAAGAAAGGUACCAGACUGAAAUUCAAACUGUGAAUAAACAGUUCCCAUGUGAGCCAUUCAAGUUUUUGGAGCCAACUUUAAGACUAGAGUAUUGUGAAGCUUUGGCUAUGCUUAGAGAAGCAGGAGUUGAAAUGGGCGAUGAGGAAGAUCUAAGUACUCCAAAUGAAAAAUUGUUGGGUCGGUUGGUGAAGGAAAAGUAUGAUACGGAUUUUUAUGUUCUUGAUAAAUACCCACUGGCUGUAAGACCUUUCUAUACCAUGCCUGACCCAAGAAAUCCUAAACAGUCCAACUCGUAUGAUAUGUUCAUGAGAGGAGAAGAAAUAUUGUCUGGAGCUCAAAGAAUACAUGAUCCUCAGCUGCUAACAGAGAGAGCCUUACAUCAUGGAAUUGAUUUGGAAAAAAUCAAAGCUUACAUUGAUUCCUUCCGCUUUGGAGCCCCUCCUCAUGCUGGUGGAGGCAUUGGGUUGGAACGGGUAACGAUGCUGUUUUUGGGACUGCAUAACGUGCGCCAGACCUCAAUGUUCCCUCGUGAUCCCAAGCGACUCACACCUUAAAGCCACACUUUUUAGUCUCUCCAGUAACCUGCUAUUGAUCAGGCUGUACCUGAGGUACUUAAAAUAUGCAAUAGAAGUGCCCCAGUUAUUUUUUAAUUAAUCCAGUAUAAGUUAAGAAAAAACAUUUUAUAACUUAGAUGUGCUUUGGUAGAAAGUGCUUGAACGUUUUAAUGAGAAUUUCCUAUGAUAAAAUUCAUGUUACAAUUCAUAUUUCAUUACUAUGGUAAAUAUUAACAAGAAUUUUAAACAGUUAAGAUUGUGUAAAUUUUUCUUUUUUAUAUUAUGAUGGUUACAGUAUUAACAUCUAAAUUUUCAAUAUUUGAACUUUUUACUCUUGACGUUGAGAUAAGAACAAAUGGAGAAAUACCCAGGAUUUUAACAUGUAUGAAAUUGAUAUGCCACGGGAAAUUAAAGUGUCGGUUCUUAGAGAAAUCACUUGAAAUAUGUGAGAACACUGGUUAGAAACAGAAAUGCUGUGUGAAACUUAAAUUCUGAAGCUGAAUUUCAAUAAAAACUUAAAGCUAAUUAUA